CUGCCUUUCACCUCUGCUCGCCGGGGAACGUGGAGCCGGGAGCCAGCUGAGCAGCGAGAGACGCCGCCGGGGUCCCUGCGGUUCCAUGCGGGCGGGCGCUGCCUGCGGGCCGCUGCCGGGCUGGGUGCGGGGCGGGCGGGCCGCUAUGGAACGCUGGUGAGCGCCCGCCUUCGGCCCCCAAGAGCCCGCUCCGUGCCCGCCCCGCCGCCCCCGGCCAUGGCCCCCAUGGGGAUCCGCCUCUCCCCGCUGGGGGUGGCCGUGUUCUGUCUGCUGGGCCUCGGCGUCCUCUACCACCUCUACUCCGGCUUCCUGGCCGGCCGCCUCGCCCUCUUCGUGCUGGGCGACUCGGCGGAGCGGGCCGGGGGCGGACCCGACGUUCCUCCGGGCCCCUUGCCCGAGGGCACCGUGGACCUGCGGGAGCUGCUUGCCGCGUCCGUGCUGGCCGCCGUCAAGGGGGGUGAGGAGGUGAAGCGCGUCCGGGAAAGCAACGUCCUCAACGAGAAGGCGAAGGGCAAGACCCGCGAGGGGGCCGAGGAGAAGAUGACUAGCGGGGACGUGCUGUCCAACCGCAAGAUGUUCUACCUGCUCAAGAACACCUUCCCCAGCGUGCAGAUAAAUACUGAAGAACAUGUUGAUGCACCUGAUGAGAUAAUUUUCUGGGAUCGCAGUAUUCCUGAAGACAUAAAGGAAAAAAUACAGCCUAAAAAGGUCCCAGCAGAAAGUGUGACAGUGUGGAUCGAUCCAUUAGAUGCCACGCAUGAAUACACAGAGGAUCUUCGACAAUAUGUCACUACUAUGGUGUGUGUGGCUGUGAAUGGUGAACCAGUAAUAGGAGUAAUACACAAGCCUUUCUCAGCAUAUACAGCGUGGGCAAUGGUGGAUGGUGGGUCAAAUGUAAAAGCUCGUUCCUCCUACAGUGAGAGAACUCCAAGAAUUAUUGUGUCCCGCUCUCAUGCAGGAAAAGUAGAACAGAUAGCACGGCAAACAUUUGGAAAUAAAACUGUGAUCAUUCCGGCAGGUGGAGCAGGCUAUAAAGUUUUAGCCCUCCUUGAUGUGCCAGACAAGAAACAAGAAAAAGCUGAUGUAUAUAUUCAUGUGACAUACAUCAAGAAAUGGGAUAUAUGUGCCGGGAAUGCCGUGCUGAAAGCAUUGGGUGGUCAUAUGACUACCCUGACUGGUGAAGAAAUCAGUUAUACUGGUUCAGAUGGCAAUGAGGGGGGACUCCUAGCCAGUAUCAAUGUGGAUCAUCAAGCGUUGGUUGACAAACUCCCAGAUCUGGAGAAGGCAUCACAUAAACAAACAUAACUGCUGAGGAGUACACAUAUGGUUCUGCAGCCUCAAAAUAUUCAGCCUAAGGAAACAGGCAUGAGAAGAGCCUGCUACGGGACUAGGCACUGAGAGUCAAGGCCACUCAGUGUUUUUUGGGGGACUACAUAUAGCAUCGGGCUUCUUCAUUGGUGGUGGUUACAAAUUCAGAAUUAGGAAGGCAACUGAACUGUCUCAUGCCAUCUUUUAUCUUUUGAGACGUUUCCAUACAGUUAUACUCAAGGUGCAUAUACAGUAUAUAUUUUGUGAAUAUAGGCAAACUAAAAGAAAAUCCAGAUGGGUACUUAUAAUAGUCUAAGUGGUACUUUUCAUAUGGAUUCUUGGAACACAUCACAUUGUUACAGUAUUGUAGCCGCCCCAUCUUGAAUCAGGUAGAAGAAAGGAUUGAUUUAUGUAGUCACUUGAUAAUCCAUCUAGCAGGAAAUCUAUGACCAUGUGUUCAAUAUUCCCUUGGAUAAAAAGCACAAGUUGCAGACACAUUUGUGUCUGCUUUCAACAGUUCCUCUGACAGAACAGUAUUUUUGAAUGAUCAGACAUGUUCUGUACUAGUUUGCUCAUAUUUUUUCUGAAAACUUAAACCAGUUUAAUUCACAUGAGAAAAUCAUGAAUAUUGGUGGUUUAUUAAUCAGUGUAAUUAUUUCUGUAUAUCUUUUAAAAAGAAAAUAAGUGAUUCCUUGUGUGGGUUUUUAACAAACUCUUGUUCUUGAUUUCCGUUUGCAAUGUUAAAGGUGCAUGCUAGAUUUUUCUCUAAUGUGAGAUUAGUUCAAUGUUUGUCCCUGUAGAAGCAGCCUCCUUUUCCUUUAAUGUCUUUUUGUUCACUAAGUUACUUAGCAAACACAUACGACAGUGUUGUUGGCAACAGUAAGUAGGUGGUUUAGCUUACAAUAUGGAUUUAAACUAGCAGUUUUUUAGAAUUCCAAAAUUAACUUGCUGGCUUCUUAAAGGUUGUCUUGUAUGAAUUCCCUUCAAAAGAUGUACUCUUUCCUUCUUCGCUGUAAGCGCUCUAAUUCUGAACAGUCUCUGGCCACAUGUUCACCUUGUAAGUUCACCAUGGAAUUUAGCUCUGCAUUAAAUUACAACAUUUUCCCAUAACCCAAAAUGGGUUUGGGAAAUUUUUGGGGACCUGUGGGAUUGCUGUACCUCAGUUUGAAAUAGGACACUUUUUAAUUAAUUCCACUUCCGAGUUUUAGCCCAGUUCAUAUGGGACAAAACACUAACCCUUUGAGGUCAGAUAACAAAUAGCUGCACCACUAAAAUCUGUGGGCCUUUCUCUUCUGAAAAUGUAACUCUGUAACUGGGAGUCUUCUUAGAGAGGUGGAAGAAUAAUAUUUAAUAAAGCAAGUUAAAAUGUA